AUGCAAGACACCUUGAGAAUUCUACCAAUCUUUUAUCACGUGGAUCCUUCCGAUGUGAGAAACCAAAAGGGGAGUUUUGCGGAAGCCUUCACUAAGCAUGAAGAAAAGUUCAGUGAAGAUGUAGACAAGGUGAAGCGGUGGAGAGAUGCUUUAAAAGAAGUUGCCAAUCUCUCUGGGUUGGAUUCAAAGAAUUAUCAGUCGGAAGCAGAGCUUAUUAAACACAUUGUCAAAUGUGUGUUUAGGAAAGCGCAUCCAACGUUCAUGUUGUCAGGUUCUCUAGACAAGUUAGUCGGAAUUGAUUCUGCACUUGAGCAACUACAUUUGCAAUUAGCUCCCAAAGAAAAUGAUGUUCGCUUUAUAGGGAUAUGGGGGAUGGGUGGGGUAGGCAAAACAACCCUUGCUAACCUAGUUUUUGAAAGACUAUCCCAUAAUUUUGAACUUAGCUCGUUUCUAUCUAAUGUGAGAGAGGUUUCUGCAAAACAUGGUACUCUGGUUGAUCUACAAAAACAACUUCUUUACCCAAUCUUAAAGGAAAAUAUUAUCCAAGUUAAGGAUGAACGGUCAGGAAUCUCUUUCAUUAGAAAAUGUUUACGCAAUAAAAAGGUCCUUAUCGUCCUUGAUGAUGUGGAUCAAUUAAAACAACUUGAAACACUGGUUGGAGAGAAAAAUUGGUUUGGUUUGGGGAGUAGAAUUGUCAUCACAACUAGAAAUGAACGUCUACUAGUUGAACAUGGUAUAACAAAACCAUAUGAGGUCAAGGUAUUAAAUGAUAAUGAAGCUUUUGCGCUCUUCAGUCAAAAAGCCUUUAAGAAAAGUGAGCCUGAGGAAG